UCAUCUCUAGGUGGUACUUUUCCAGCUGGGUGACGGGGAUGAAGGUCUAAAGCUCAGGCUCCCAUCGAAGGUGAAGGACCUGCCUUGUAGAAAUAGGAUGGAAGGAGACUCAAGCAAAUUUAAAACCCACACUGCGGUAUUUCACAAGAAAAAGAAAUGGUCUUCUGUGUCUGAAGAAAAACCCCAGAAAUGGGCUCAUGAGAACUUGGAAAGGGAGCAUCCUCGAUUGUCCAAGCUGGGGAAGAGGAAGAAGAAGAGGAAAGAGUCCCAGACUCCAGCCCAGGAGAGCUUAGAGAGUGAGCAGCCUCGGAAAGCCAAGAGGAAGAAGAGGAAAGAGUCCCAGACUUCAGCCCAGGAGAGUUUAGAGAGUGAGCAGCCUCGGAAAGCUGAGAGGAAGAAGAGGAAAGAGUCCCAGCAACUUACUUCUUCCCUUCUGAAAAAUUCAGAAAAUUUCCAUAAAAUCAAAAAAACCACUUCUACCCACAAAAAGAAAAAGAGAAGUGUUUGGGAGGUGGAUGUGGAAACAGGGAUCAUCCUUGUAAAUAAAGAAAACAUGGAGAAGCUGCCAGAGAGUUCUCGGAAGGAUGUGGAUAUUGUUUAUAUUGAUGUGGACAAGAGACAAAAGUCAGCAAAAGCAGGUGAAACAGAAGAGCAGCCCACUGCUGGAUUGCAGAGACAUGACUAUCAAGAGCUGCACAGUGAUGUUAGGAGCAAAAAGAAGCAAAAACAUCCAAAGAAAGCUGCAUCCUGGGGUGGCGUGCGGGGAAGCCAGCCUGAGAGCAUCACCUUGCCCCAGUCAGAAUCUUUGUUGUCUGUGGAUCUAGAAGGCAGAAGCACAGAACUAGCAGUGUUUCAUAAAAAGAAGUCUAAGAAAAAGAUGUUGAGGAGCCAGGAAUUGGAGGCCAUCCCUGGGAGUCUUGAUAGUACACACCCUGCAGGAGAGGUUGGGACUGGAGAAGAUGAUGAGAGGGUCAAAGAGCCCCACAGUAUCAGGAAAAAGUCUAAGAAAAAGAAGUGUGCAUCUAAUGUUCUUGCCAGCUCUAGUGACAAUGCCUCAGUGCUUGACAACGCUAAGAAUGCCCUCAUGUAUUCACCAGAGGACAGUGACACUUUGAGGGAAGAGGAUGUGGACUACAGGCCAAGGAUGGCAGAAACCCAGGCUUUUUCCAGCCAGAACCAUGGGGAAGAGAUGCAGAGCUUACGACCUCCCCAUGAAGAAGAAAGCAAUUUGGAAACAGCCAGCAGUUCUGCAAUGAGAUACAUAUCUGAAGAUGGUGGAGAUUCUGAUGAAUCUGAUGUGGAUUUGGGCUCUGCGGUGAGGCAGCUCCAAGAAUUCAUUCCCGACAUACAGGAAAGGGCAGCCACCACGAUCAGACGCAUGUAUCGGGAUGACCUGGGGCGCUUCAGAGAAUUUAAGGCACAAGGUGUUGCUAUUAGAUUUGGCAAAUUUUCUGUUAAAGAAAAUAAACAAAUAGAAAAAAAUGUACAAGAAUUCCUGUCCCUGACUGGAAUUGAGAGUGCAGACAAGCUGCUGUACACAGACAGAUAUCCAGAGGAAAGGUCUCUGAUCACCAACUUAAAACGAAAGCAUGCAUUCAGACUGCACAUUGGGAAAGGCAUCGCUCGGCCCUGGAAGCUUGUGUACUAUCGUGCAAAGAAGAUAUUUGAUGUGAAUAAUUACAAAGGCAGAUACAAUGAAGAAGAUACUAAGAAGCUGAAGGCAUAUCAUUCCCUCCAUGGAAAUGACUGGAAAAAGAUUGGGGCCAUGGUGGCCCGAAGCAGCCUCUCGGUCGCCCUGAAGUUCUCUCAGAUUGGUGGUCAUAGAAACCACGGUGCUUGGAGUAAGGCAGAAACUCAGAGACUAAUCAAGGCUGUGGAGGAAGUGAUCCUAAAGAAAAUGUCUCCCCAGGAGUUAAGAGAACUGGAUUCUAGACUCCAGGAAGACCCUGAAGGUCGCCUGUCAAUUGUCCGGGAAAAACUCUACAAGGGCAUAUCAUGGGUGGAAGUGGAAGCUAGAGUGGAGACCAGAAAUUGGAUGCAAUGCAAAAGUAAGUGGACAGAGAUUCUUACCAAAAGGAUGACCCAUGGUGGCUUCGUGUAUCGUGGGGUCAAUGCUCUGCAGGCCAAAAUCACCCUUAUUGAAAGGUUGUAUGAACUAAAUGUGAAUGAUGCUAAUGAAAUAGACUGGGAAGACCUUGCUAGUGCCAUAGGGGAUGUCCCUCCACCUUUUGUUCAGGCAAAAUUUUAUAAGCUGAAAGCCGCCUGUGUUCCUUUUUGGCAGAAAAAGACUUUUCCAGAGAUCAUCGACUACUUAUAUGAAACCAGUCUGCCUUUGCUGAAGGAAAAGUUAAAUAAGAAGAUGGAGAAAAAGGACAGCCAGAUCCAAACGCCCUUGGCUCCCAAACAAGACUUUCUGUUCAAAGACAUCUUCUAUUACGAUGAGGACAGCGAUGGGGAGGGCUUAGAGGAGCCCAGUGCCUCAGACAUGCAGUGACGAUCUCCUGCCUCUUCCCUUGGACUGGUCUCUGUUCCCUUGGACCUCUAGCUGUGCAUCUCCUAUUCUGGGUAGACUGCUGGUGGCCAUGGAGCCUACUUCGUAGGGUGCCUCUCCUAUGCUGGCCACCAGAUUUCAUGGUGUUCUGUUGGAAUACUAUGUUCUUGGUAGAAGCCCAGCCCUUAGUCUUGGAAGAGUGUUCAGCUGGAGCACAGCUCCCACUAGAUUCUUAGAACAGGGUGAACGGGACCUCUUCCAUCACUCAGGAAAGCAAAUCCAGCUGUAGGUGUUUCAGAGUGAGUACUUAGGGUUUAGGUAACAAAAAGUGUUCCACAAGAUCUUUGUGUGGUGAUACACACUGCACUGUGGAGAUAGGUAGAGAGGUCAGAAGAUUGAGCCCAAGCUGGGCUACAUUGUCAGACCCUGUCUCAAGCAUAUGCACACACACACACACACACACACACUGUUAAGUGGCAUGCUAGAGCAGCCUCCAAAAGGAGAAGGAGAAGUACAUUGUGCAGAGAGCAAGCAGGCGCUGCAGAGCUUUGUAGCCCUGCAGGCCUCCACUUCCUCAUGUUUCCACCAGCUGCUCCCUCCCCAUAUCCAGGCUGCCCACAGCUGCUGCCCUGCAAAGAAAUGUGUCCAUGUGUGACCCUUAGCAAAAUUCUGCUGCAAGGGAGUCUGGGACACCCAGUGUUCAGAAUUGUCCCAUCUGUGCUGAGCAACAUAGAGAAAGGAAAGUGUGGCUGAUGAAACUGCUGUCUCCAUUGAUGCCACUGAGCAAUUGACUGACCCCCAUGAACUCUCAGAUGUCAUUUCUGUGGUACCAACAGAAGAUGGGCUAGACCAGUCACAGUGAGAAGGAGGCACACUAAUGGAAACUUCUUGCCACUGUACCUUAGCACUUCCAUAGACAUGCAAAUGUCAGUGAGUAAUCAGGGUGCAUGUAACCAGAAUUCAGGUGGGGAAAGGAGGAUUGGGAAUUUAAGGUGGUCCUUGCAAAUAGCAGGUUCUAAGCCAGCUUGGACUACAGAAGACCCUAUCUUGAACAAACACAUACAAACAUUGAAUAAAUGAUGUUAUUUUACUACAUGGUUCUUUACCCAGCCCUGUCUGUUCCUCAGCCAUUUUAGUUUCAGUGCUGACAGGACUAAAUUAUUUCUACAGAAAUAAUAACACUAAUGUAUAAACAAAUUCUAUGUAAUAGAAGAAAAAAGUUAAAUAUUCUUUCAUAGGAACUAUGUUGUUAUAGUAUGGUCCUAGAAUGAAAAAGCAUAUGUUAAGUUAAAAUGAAAACAGUAUAUUUUACAUGAAAGUAUAUUUUUGUGAAUAGUUCAGUGAAAUAUAUAUUUUCUCAGUUUUGUAAAAAUGAAAAAUAAAAGCCAUAGGUUAUUUAUGUAGAUGUAUGAGGAAUGACCCGAAUACUGGCUCAGUGCACGGUUCACAGAGUAGAACCCAGAGACCCAGAGUAGUCUUCGGGUCCCAGGGAACUGCCAAAACUACCCACAAAACUCACCCAGGACUGCAUCAAAUCUCUGUCAUUCUCCAUCUGGGAGGGGCCUUCCUGGAAUUUAUCAGGGGUCCUGGAGCUUGGCUUCUCAACAGAGAACGAGAAUUCCGUUUCUCUCAGGGGCAGCUAGAGCAUUUUAGGGAAAGGCCUGAGUGUGCGAGGCUGGGAGUGGAAAAGUAUUCAGCUCUUUUAGAACAAGAUCACUGGUGGCAGUGGAAGCUCAGGCAUUCCAAAGCCUGAACAUGUGGUGAAACCAAAAUGUUACAGCUCUUAGUUAAGCUGCUGUGCUGAGCAUGGCAGCAGUGUCGGCAGAAGUCUAUACUUGGUCAGCUGGCAGCUAGGGCACAGGCCACCUGGCAGACUGGAAGGCAGGUCCAGUGAGGCCGGCCUGCCAGCAGCGAAUAAAUGACAAAUCUCAGGUGGUCAUGGUAGAAGUCAGCCCGUUUAUUUGAAAUCAGGGAUUUAUAAACCUUGGGCAGUGGGAGGAUGUUAUACUAAAUAUUAAAGAAAAAAGAAAAAAAUGAGUGUUGGACUAUGUAUUUAUUAUUAUUUGCCCUAGGAUUAUCACAGCAGUAUUAUCUAACCUGCUAUCAAAAAUAAUUUAAGACACGGACACCUGUUAGAUUUUCUAAUUGCCUUACCUUGGGCCAGUGUUGUAGGCGGUGAUUAAUAUUUAUUAUUGAUUUAUCUUCUGGCAAUGCUGCUGUUAGUCCUAAACAGCUGUAUACCCAAAUCACCGCACAGAGACUGGGUUUAUUUAGUUAACCUAGAACACAGUGCUGGACAAUAGUUGUUCCAUCUUAAACCUCCAAGUCCUCAUAGUUUCCUAACAUUUGGAUUUCCCACAUUAUACUUGCUUUUAGUGAUAUACUAGGUUCAGUCCAUCUCUCCAUGCUGUUCCAAGAUCUCUCUCCUCCAGCCCCCUCUCCUCCCUCCCCUCUCGCCUUCUCCCACUCAUUUCCUGCCUUCUAGCUCCUCCUCUCUUUCCUGUCCUCUGUCUCCUCCCAUUGUACAACAUUGUAGCUAGUUGCUUUAUUUUGGCCUAAACUGUUUACACACAGUUGAGACAGGAUUCUUAGAAUGAGUAUCACAAUGCAAUAUCCGGGUUGAAACCAGAGAGUAGGGGGGAGAAAUCAGCAUUUGAAUGAACAAGGGUAAGGUACAUACGUUUCAAAAGAACAUUAUACCAACAUUUCCCCCUUUAAGUCCAAUAAAAGGCUCCUUUUAUUUCAAUACAAUAAUAAUUAUGAAAACUGUUGGGUAAAAUUACAUGUGCAAUGUCCAGUCCAUGUGUAUUUAGCACAUGGAGAGAGUAUCUUAGGAGACAGUAUCUGAUAAUCCUAUCUAUCUUGACAAGUUAAAAGUUCUAUACCUAUAUUAACUUAUUUUUAUUGGUAUUACCUAUAUGAAAAGAUUUUUAAACUUCUAAAUAACUCAAGCUUAAUUGUGGCACAAUAACUAUUUGAUCUUCAACCCCAUCAGAGAUUUGAGAAGGAAUAAAAUUAGUUACUUGAGUAAGUAGGAAGUGCAUGUUAGCAGCUUCCAAAAAAUAAAAAUUGACAGUUUGCUGCCUGAACAGUCACCCAUAACUGUAACAUUGGAGCAUCAUCUUCAGCCUUCAGGCUCAGAAUAUUUGACAGACAUAUAUGAGAAGCAGGAACUAUUUAGGACUUGCUUACCCUGUCUUGGCAGAGUUCAGCAGUCGACUUGUCCUGCAUUUAAGCUUGCCCAUUUUAGGCAGAAUUUGUCUGUCAUGACGUGAGGGUAUUUUCUUUACCUGAGUGGCUUGUUUGCCACAUUCAAAGCCAUCUCCAUAUGGAGGUUCUUCAGUGCUCAUUAUCUUCUUUCAGGUAGGUGGGGUGCUGCCAGGAAAUGACCUGUCUCAUUGUCAAAGAAUCUUUAAAAUAAUAAAGACACUUUUAAAUGCCA